AUGGCGUUUCUUCGCCUUUCCCGGCGUGGCCGAAGCCGUGGGCUUGGUGAGGGCGAUCCUCCUAUUUAUCGGGAACCCAUGAUCUCAGGGUUGAUCCAAGUCCUCAAGUCUCCGAGGAUGAUGAAGAAGCUCUGCAGAUCCCUCGAGCUUCGACGCGUCUUCGAAGUACCAAGCACCCUUGGUCCGAUAUUUCUCCUCCCGCGAACUAUGAAUAGCAAGGAAAGGCGUUGGAUGAUAAGAGUGUCUACAACAUACCACAGGAGUUCGAAAGAGAACGGUUUGUCUGCGCAGGAUCGUGGGUUUGACCGUCCACCACGAAUCACACGAGUUCCUCACCUCCAACAAGGAGAGGCGCUCGCCCCGAAUGACACGGUCGACGUGUUCAAUGAAUAA